AUUCAUCUGAGCUGAGAAAGAUCCGACUGGCAGCAGUCAUGGCUCAAUGUGACGUUCUGUGCUUGUUCGAUGUGGAUGGCACCCUGACAGCAGCCAGGCAGAAAGUCACAAAAGACAUGGCAGAAUUUCUAGAAGAGCUGAGAAAAAGGGUAAAAGUUGGGGUUGUUGGAGGUUCAGAUUUUGAAAAAAUCAAGGAACAGCUUGGAGAUGAUGUUGUUGAAAAAUUUGACUAUGUAUUUGCUGAAAACGGGCUUGUAGCAUAUAAAGAUGGGAAAUUCUUGUGCAAACAGAGCAUUCAUGCCCACUUGGGAGAGGAUCUGCUGCAAGAUAUCAUCAACUACUGUCUAAGUUACAUUGCAAAGCUCAAACUACCAAAGAAAAGAGGCACGUUUGUGGAAUUCCGAAAUGGAAUGCUUAAUGUUUCCCCUAUAGGAAGAAACUGCACUCAAGAGGAACGCAUAGAAUUCUAUGAACUGGAUAAAAAAGAACAGUUCCGAGACAAAUUUGUGGCAGAAUUACAAAGAGAAUUUUCAGGAAGAGGCCUUACAUUUUCAAUAGGAGGUCAGAUAAGUUUUGACGUGUUUCCCACUGGUUGGGACAAGACAUUCUGCUUAGGAAUCCUUGAGAAUGAGGGCUUUUCAAAGAUCUAUUUCUUUGGUGACAAAACAAUGCCAGGUGGAAAUGACUAUGAAAUUUACACAGACUCCAGGACGAUCGGCCAUUCCGUGACAUCUCCAGGAGAAACAAGGACAAUCUGCACAGAGCUAUUCUUUCAAUGACCCAUUAUAUGAAAUGAAUGGCACUAAUUAGAUUCAACAGCGUAAUCAAACAUUCUUGACUGAUAAUCUCUUCAAAUAGCAUUGAACCAAUUACAAUCUUGCCUUUCCCUGUAGUCCAUUAAUCAGUAAUUGCUGCUCAGAGCUCAUCGUGAGAGAGAGACUGGAUCACCCAGAUGUUGCUGGUACCAUGUACACUGGAGAUGUGCAGUACAUUCAUCAGGCACAAUUUAGCAGCGGUGGCCCCAAUUUCAGCCCCUGUAUAUGUUUUGCAUUGCCAACUAAAAAUAGCAGAAACCUGUAAUAUAUUUAAUGUCAGUGAUUGUGUAAUGCAUCUGCCUGCUGUUAUUUAAUUUCAUUUACCUUUAGGGAUGUCCCAGAGCUGUUCAAUCAUGCUGGGAGGUUUAAGGCAGCAGCAGUUACAAGGUCAUUAGUAUUUGUUUUGUAUGUAUGCAAGGCUAUAGGCUUCUCUGUAUUUCCUACAAUCCAGUUUCCAUUUUAUACUGGGAUCUAUGGUCAUUAUAGGCUCAUGCUAUAUUUGGUCAGAACUAUCAUUAUAAACAAAAAUAUCCUACCCUGUGCUGAUACAGGUUGCAAUAAGCCAGCAACGGCAUUUAGGGAACAUAAUCAGUCUAUUAGUAGAGAUUGCUUUCAUUUAGCUUUCCCCAUUAAACUUCAACAGAACUUGAUCGGAUGAUGAUGCUGUAUAAGCAAUGCAGGCAGGCAGGGCAAGGGGGCUGGUGGUUACAUGGAAUGUAAUCUUCCUGCUCCAGAAAAGCAUCUCCAAACAACUUUUCUGCAUUAAGGUUUUACAUUCAUUCCCACUAUGGGACAGGAGAAAUCAGCAGUACUGUAUUUUUGUUUUUUAAUGACAAGUUCAAUUGGUAUUUCAACUUAAUGUGACCAUAAAUGUGACUUUAGACAGCAAGGGAUGUGGCAAGUUUUGGAGGUGCCAAUAAGAGCUAUAAUUGGCUAAUAGCCCCAUAUGGACUGGCAGCCUACAGGAGGCUCUGUUUGGCAUUAUACUUGGUUUUCAUGCAACCAAAGCUUGCCUCCUCUAACCAGAAACUCAAAAAUAAGCACCUGCUUUGAGGCCACUGGGAGCAACAAUCAAGGGGUUGGUGAGCGACAUGUUGCUCACAAGCCACUGACUGGGGAUCACUGCCAUUACAUUUGUAAGGGAAAUAAAAUAAACAUCAAUUGUUUUGCAUGUAGGUGCAAUUUCUUAUUUUUCCUAAUGAAAUAGGUCAAAACCCUUUGUGUCACGUUUACAUUCUAUUCAAUUUGAUACUGGGAUGUCCUGGUAUAUGAUCUGUGUCUUACUUAAUGCCUCAAUUUUAAUUCUUUUUAUGGUAAUAGAUUAUUUUCUCUGUGGCUGAAAAAGGUCAAGUUAGUUUGAGGGAACCGAUUCCCGCACAGGUCAUAAACUGAGGUGUAAAUCCAGUUUUUAUACAGUAUAGUACAUAUCCCUGUAGUGCUAAUUAGAAUCUAUGUUCUGGUCUCUUUCUUAUCUAUGUAUCUAAAUAACUGAUACACAAUAUCCUUCUGCCAGGGAAAGCUAAAGUGUAGGCACUUUAUAUCACGUAGGUGAAAAGAAGUGUAAAAUAAAUCUUGGCAGUAACUGGCAGCAAAAGUAGGUUCUUGGCAGCUGUGUGUUAUUCACCGCCAGGCAGCACAUAACCAUGGCAGCCUUACUAAUGUACUCAAGGUCCCCUGAAAUGCAGUGCACGGUCUUGUGUGCAGUCACCUAACUGCCUGCAGCACUCUGCAAAGUUACUUUUUAGGAUUAAAUUAGUUUGAACGAUCGCUCUCAAUCCAUUAACUUUUUUUUUUUUUGUCAUGUCUUGUAUUUCUCUGUAUAAUCGAUUAGUUCCACUAGGUACAAAUGCCAGACCACUUACUGACUGACAUACAGCUGCUGCAGACUACAAUUCAAGAGGCAGUGCGGGAAUGAUUUCUAAGGUGUCGCUGUACAAUAUUACAGGAAGCAGAAACCUUUUACCACAGCUGGACUAGAGGGGCAGCCAAUGACUUCAGUUUUCUUACCUACUGUAUUCUAUGUACUUCUGGCUAAAAUUUAUUGUGGGAAUAAUAUGAAGGUUUGCUUGUAAUUUUAUGAAUGAUAUUGCACAGGUGUUCAGGAAUACUAAGUUACUUAUGUUUUCUUACAGACUAUGAAAGUAAAUGAUUAUUAAUGAAUCUGAGACGCUGGUCAUUAUUUUAUUUUGCAAUGAUACAGAGCAGUAAUAUUCAGUUAUCUGAUAUAAAACAUAUUGAUGCACCAGAUUAAUGGACGCCACCCACAUAAGGCUAGGUGCUACACUGGGCUGUUCCUUGGCCUGUCUAAGUACAGUCCAAAAAACUGCCUCUCCAUUUGCAUCCACUCGUGUGUGUCCCUAGGCACUGUGUUGGCAAGGCUGCAUACUCACGGAGAGGAUAUCUGCAGGAAAAUGCAUUCUUACAUGCUCGGAAUAGCUGAAUAUCAGUAGCUGAUGCUAUAGUGCAGGUGAUGCUCUGCUGAAUCUUGGUGUUUCAAAUGGUUUUAUUAAACUAGAGUUAGACAUACAGCUCAUGAUGCAGAAUAUCCACAAGAUACAAUGGUGUCUCCAUACUACCAUCCAGGGCUGAAUUGUAACUGUAAAAGAAAAGCAAUGUACACGGUAUAUUUAACCUAACACCCCAUAAAACAAAAAUAAAGAUUCUGCAACAAA